AUGUCGAACAUGUUUAAUUUUGCAAGCAUGCCUUCACCGGCAGCAUUAUUUUCUGCAUACACCACUUUCACUGCAUUGGCAUUCACAGUUCGAACUGUGAUUUAUGAACUCCAACGCUUGGCCAACCAUCUUAUCCCUCAACAACUCCAAGAGAAAAUACUAUCGAAACUUGGAAUCCUGGGCAAAAAUCUAUCUUCUUUUUUUGGGAUGAUGAUGACUCUCGUCAUUGAUGAAUACGACGGGUUCUCCUUCAAUGAGAUCUUUGAGGCUUCCGAGAUCUUCUUGCGCACCAAAAUCACCCCUUCAAUUGAUCGGCUCAAGGUUUUCAAGGCACCCAAAGACAAGAACAUCUCAGUCACCAUCGAAAAAGGGGAAAAGAUUAUUGAUGUGUUCCAAGGAAUCCAUUUGACAUGGCAAAUGAUCUGCAACGAGAAACGGGACAGUGAUGGGGACACAGAUGAGCUGAAAUCAUUUGAGCUACGCUUCGAAAGGAAAUAUAAGGAAAAGGUAUUGAGCUCUUAUUUGCCCUAUGUAUUGGAGAGAUCAAAAGCUAUUCAAGAAGAGAACAAGUUGGUAAAGCUCUAUUCGUUUGGAAACUCUUCUAUGGGGGAUGGAUCUGUUAAUCUGGACCAUCCAUCUACUUUUGACACAUUGGCAAUGGAUCCAAAACUCAAGAAGGAACUGAUAGAGGACUUGGACAGAUUUGUGAGGAGAAGAGAUUACUAUCGAAGAGUUGGUAAAGCAUGGAAACGUGGGUAUCUCUUGUAUGGCCCUCCCGGAACUGGUAAGUCAAGCUUGAUCGCAGCCAUGGCUAACUAUCUCAAAUUCCACAUUUAUGAUUUGGAGAUGUCAAAACUCAUGAAAUAUUCUAGCCCUAAAAACCUACUGCUUUCUACUGCAAAUCGGUCGAUACUUGUGAUUGAGGACAUUGAUUGCGGCCUUGACUUGGGGAAUCGUCAAGUUGAAGGAGAUAACAACAAGCACAGGAAGGGACAGCUGUCGCUAUCGGGAUUGCUUAAUUUCAUUGAUGGGCUAUGGUCAAGCUGUGGUGACGAGAGGAUAAUCGUGUUUACAACUAAUCACAAAGAGAGAUUAGACCCUGCAUUGCUGAGACCAGGCCGAAUGGACAUGCACAUCCACUUGUCCUACUGCACUCCUUGUGGGUUUAAGAUCCUUGCUUCUAAUUACCUUGGUUUAGGCGAAGGUCAUUGUUUGUUUAGUGAGAUCGAAAUGCUCAUAACCGAGGUAGAGGUAACCCCUGCUCGGGUUGCUGAAGAACUCAUGAAAAGUGAAGAUACAGACAUUGCCCUUGCUGGACUCAUCAAGUUCCUCCAAAAGAAGAAGGAACUCACACUCACAAUCACAUCAUCUACUGAACCAAGCAUUGAAGGUGUACUAGGAAAAGAAGUUGAUCAUAGAGAAGGAAACAAAAACGAGGAAGGAAGUCCGGAGUAAGCAAAGUAGAAAGGCGAUCACGACGAUUUUACCAAUUGGUUUAUAAGCUGGUUGUAAAGAAUUAUUCUAUUUACGAAUAUGCAUGAUAGCAUUGUACGGCCUUUGUUAUGCGUUCUUGGUUACAAUAGAGUGCUGUUAAGGUGUUAACAAUGAACUCUGCUAUAUAUUGCGGUCCUGUGGGCUGUGAGGUUUAUUUUCUAAAUAAAGCUUGGUGUUUCUGAG